AUGCCUAACGCCGGCCGCUGCACCGCCUCCAUGACCAACCCCAAGCACACGCAAUGGGCAAAGGCAAACCCCGGCAACAAGCUGAACCCUCACAUGAAGAGGGUCGAGUGUGGCUGUAACGCCUUCGUCGCCAAGAACGCUGCUGAGCCGGACAAGAAAUGCACUUGCAACCACGACAACAAGAACCACCUGAGAUAA